UGAAAAGUAAUAGAUGGUGAAAAAAAUCAUACUCAACUGACAAAAGAGUUAUUUUGAGUCGUAACCUUCCAAUAUUGAUUAUAUUUUCAGAAAAAAAAUGCUUUUUAUUAAUGUCAGCAAUUUGAAAAGGGGUAGUUUCAAAAUGCCUCUUAGCCAUCCAUUAAGUAAAACAUUAUAUUUUGAUUUUUAUAAUGUUUACUAAAGCUUUUAUAAACAGAUUAUCUGUUUGGGAUCAUAGUAUAUUAUUCAUAAGGUGAAUCAUUGUCUUAGUAAUAAAUUAAGCUAAGUACUUCUACUAUAAAGCUAGAAUGUAUUGUUUUUAUAAAAUAUUAAAUGUUCCUUAUCUCAUUAGCACAAGUGGUACAACCAAUGGCAACAUAUCAACACAUCCAAUAAAAUGGAUGGGUGUUUCAUCAAGCACCUCAGCAGUUCAAACAUCUUUCUCCUUGGACUAUAAGCAUUCUUCAACUCAUGAAGAGAGUAUGAAUAACAACAAUGGUAUGUUGAAUAGCCAGAAAGAAACAUUUCAAGAUCAUCCUUUUAAACGAAAGAUAAAUGGAACAAACUUAAGUCUUGGUUCUAAAAAGUCAUCUAUUCUACUUAAUCAUCAGGUGGAUUCUGACUUUAUAAUAAAAAGUAGAUUGAGCAAAGCCAGGGAAGAUAAGGAAAGCAUUGAUAAAUUAAGGAAAAUAAUAAAGAAUGAAUUAAACAUAACCUUACCAAAUGACUUGGGAGGAGCACUUCGUGAUGGAAUAUUGCUAUGUCAGCUGAUGAACCAUCUUUAUCCACAGUCACUAGUGAAUAUUGAUAUGCCUUCUGUUACAAUGCCACGAUUAUCUGUAACCAAGUGUCGAUGGAAUGUGGAAAACUUCCUCAGCAGUUGUGAAAAGACAGGAGUGACAAAGAAAGACCUAUUUAAGUGGGAGGAGAUAGUAUUGCAAAAGGAAGUAACCAAGGUUGCUCAUACUGUCCAGAUCCUAUCUUCACUGUGUGCAAAUAAACCUAAAACAGUGAAACCUUGCUGUGAAUUUUAUCUUUCAUGGCUGUUACUGGGCCUAUUAAUUGGAACAUGUCUGCUGAUCAUUUUGUAUCCUCCUCCUCCAUGAUUAACUGACAUAUUCUUUUAAUCAGUGUCUCAACUUUAUACAGCACAUCCUCGGAUACAAGAUUACAGGCUGUGAGUAUUAUACAUUAUUAAUAGGACACAUGAUUAUGAAAGUCAGGGUUAUUGUACCAAGGACCUCAGAAAUCAAGUUUGGAACCCCUACUACAAUAACUGCACGGAUGACAUAUAAGGACAUUAAGUCACAGCUGAAACAUUUUCAGUUGUAAGAGUCAAAAUUGUAAUUACUAUCUAGUUAUACAUGAAAUGUCCAUGAAUAUAGGGUCGAGGUUGUAACUACUUUGUACUACAAUGACAUCUUGGACACAUGAUUCAAAGUAUUCUGUUUUUUGUAUUCAGUAUUAAAUGGUACAUAUGAUAUCCAUGGAUAUAUGGAUCAAAAUUUUAUGUGUACAACUUUUAAAAGUAUGUAUAACUUCUGCCUAGAAAUGCUAGAAACAAACCGAAUGACAUGUGUGACACCCAUAAACAUGUAACUCAAGGUUGCACAUGUCAAUGCUGUGAACAGCAAAUAUAACAUUCAUGAAUAUACUGGUCAGUGUUUUGAACAUUAAAUUAAAUUCGUAUAUCUCAGAGUAUGAAAACUUAAAUUCUUUCUGGUUUCUACCUUUGUAAUUUUACUUUUAAUUAAAAAUACCUGUAAUGCAAUAUUGAUUUUCAUAAAACCAGUGUGUUAAAA